UGUCGCUCCAUCAGCAGAGGGGCGGAGCGAGAGCUGGUUGCUAAAGCGACAGGGGUGGGGCAGGUUGCGGUAGUUGCGUCGACGGUCACCGUGAAUGGGAAGAUGAAGGACCCGGUGGGCUUUCUCCGGCGACAGCAGGAGGCCGAUAAUGGGGAUGGGGCUGAACGGUGGCAGCGGAUGGAGAGCUUUUACAAUAGGAGGCUCUGGCAUCAGCUCACAGUGGAACUUCUGGAGUUCACACUGAUUCCAUGCUUCCCAUCUGGGGAUAAUCUGUUGCAGUUGUAUGAACACUUCAUAAGUGACUUCGAACACAGAAUAAACCCAUUGUCUUUGGUGGAAAUCAUUCUUCGUGUGGUUCGACAGAUGAGUGAUGCACAAAUGGCUUUAAAUCUACUUGAAAAGACAUGGGAGAAGGUGAAAGGUGAUGAUGAAGCCAUGAUUCUUUGUAGAACUGCCAUUGCUGCUAUUAAAAUCAAAAUUGGGGACCUCCAGGAAACUAAGAAAAUCAUUGAAGAAGUUGAUGAGAUGCUGCAGAAGUUGCCAGGAGUAACGUCUGUCCAUGGCCGGUUUUAUGAUACUUCCAGCAGUUACUAUCAGGUAGUGGGUGACCACGCUGCUUACUACAGGGAGGCUCUGCGGUAUCUUGGCUGCACUGAACUCUCCGACUUAUCAAUGGGUUCACAGCAGCAGAGAGCAUUCACUCUUGGCCUGGCUGCGCUACUGGGAGAAGGCAUUUAUAAUUUUGGUGAGCUGCUGAUGCACCCAAUCUUGGAUUCGUUGCGUGAUACAGAGAACCAAUGGUUGAUUGAUACUCUGUAUGCUUUCAAUAGUGGGGAUGUGGAGACCUUUUUCUCUCUGAAAACUUACUGGGGAGCUCAGUCUGACCUAGCCAAUAAUGAACAACGAUUGAAAGAGAAACUGCAGCUGCUGUGCCUGAUGGAGAUGGUGUUUACAAGACCAGCAAACCACCGGCAAAUGACAUUCCAGGAAGUAUCCCACCAGGCCAAGGUAUCUGUCAAUGAGGUUGAAAUGCUGGUGAUGAAAGCACUCUCUGCGGGCCUAGUGAAAGGGAGCAUUGAUGAGGUGGACCAUAAAGUUCACAUGACCUGGGUUCAGCCACGAGUCAUGGACCUGCAGCAGGUAUCUGGUAUGAAGGAGCGGCUGGAAGCUUGGUGUGCUGAUGUGAAGAAUAUCUCCAUCCUCGUUGAAGACCACGCACAUGAAGUUCUUGGUUGAAACCCCACUGCCCUCAUGUGAUUUGAGUUUGUGUUUGUUGAUGCUAAUGUUUAAAAAUAGUACUGUUCUAAUGUUUUGUUUGCUGCAAAAGCAAGUUAGUUCUGUUAUUUCCUUGUGAAAUUUAAAUAAACAAAUAUCCUUUUGUGUGUUUACACAGAACAUGAGAUUUGUUAAUUCAAUGCAUUUGCGUAGUUAAGGUUAUAAAUGUUUUGACAAUGCAUUUUACUAGUUUUGUUGCUAGCCCCCAUAAGUGAACAAUUCUGAAUCUAGUUCAGGGAAAUACUAAAGAAAUAGGGACAGGAGUAGGCCAUUUAGACCAUGAGACGUAGGAGCAGAAAUUCGGCCUUUUUGCCGAUUGAGUCAGCUCUGCCUUUCAAUCAUGGCUGAUAAGUUUCUCAACCUAAUUCUGUCACUUUCUCCACAUAACCCUUGAUCCCCUUGACAAUCAAGAACCUAUCUAUCUCCGUCUUAAAUAUACUCAAUGACCUGACCUCCAUAGCCUUCUGUGCCAGUGAAUUCCAUAGAUUCACCAACCUCUGGCUGAAGUUUCUCAUCCCUGCUCUAAAGGGUCGUCCCUUUACUAUAAGGGUGUCCUCGAGUCCUAGUCUCUCCUACCAAUGGAAACAUCUUCCCAAUGUCUACACUAUCCAGGCCGUUCAGUAUUCUCUAAGCUUUCAAUUAGAUCCCCACUCAUCCUUCUAAACUCCAUUGAGUAUAGACGUUAAAACACAAUCCUUGAAUGUACUGUCCUAUCUUCUGAGCCUCCCAGUAUUAUGCAAAUUUUGUUGCAGUGCUUGAUGUUGGAGGAACUUUACCCAUAAGCAUGAGGAAAGCAUCUGAGAGAGAAAUGCCAGUCAGAAGCUUGGAAAGAUAAUGAGUGGCCUGCCAAACUUUUCUGACUAGUAAUAGAAGAUAUCUUUAUAGCCACCCCACAGCACUCCAACUAGAGGAGGAAAGUUCCACAACGAGUCCAGUGAUUAAUUUGAGUUUCACUUUUCGAAUGUUAUCCCUUUUUGACAUUCUCCAUGGUGACGAGCAUUGAAACUGCUUGAUUUAAUGUAGUAACAACUAUAAAUGUGCAUGAGGAAAUUAAUGCUCAUAAAAAUAUUUUUGCUCAUCAGCAAAUAUUGCAAUGGCACAGUUCCUGAACUUCACAUUCAAUGACUUGCUCUUCCACCAUUGCGAUUUUCUUUUUGGUAAUGAGACCCAGAAGUUUAAAUCUUAAAGACAGUUAAUGUGAUAUUCAGAAUUCCAAAUUUUUAUUCCAAGAAUGUUUGCAAAAGAGUACACAAACUUUGAUCCAGGGUAGUGAAGCUUCUCACUGAAGAUUUCUUCAGAAAAACAAAAUAAAUGCACCUUGCUUUGUCAAAGAACAGUGCCCAAUUAAGGUCUGUUAUCAAAACAGGAAGUGUUGGAAGAACUCAAUGUCUGCAUCUGUGGAGAGAGAAACAAAGGUAGGGGUGUUCACGAUCUGUGACUACUUUUAGAACUGGAAAAUGAUAGGUUUUAUGUUGUCAAAGGUGGGGAGAAAAAGAGUACAAUAGAUGGUGAGGUGCCCAGAACAAAUGACGAGCAACUGGAAGGUCAGGCUUAUUCUUGUGAACGCACAGAGAUGCUCCACAAAACAAUCACCCAGGCUACAUUUGGUCUUGCCAAUGUAGAGGAGACCCACGUAAGUGGCAAAUACAGGAGACUAGCGUGAAAUUACAUGUAAAUCUUCAUUGGGUAUAUUUGGGACCUUGGACAGUGAGGACAAAGAUGUAAAAGGGCAAGUGUGAUUUGCAGUUGCAUGGGAAGGUAAUGUGGCAGUGGUCUUGAAGAGCCAUGACACUUCUUCAGAAGAGCAAGUUCAUCCUAUUGUAUUGUGGUUGUGACAAUGGGGCCUCAUGACCAACAGAACCAGGAAGUAAAAGAGACCUUUAGAUUUAAGUUUAGGUUUGAUUUCAUCCAGUAUAAUAAAAGCAAUGUUUCUAGUACUCAAGCUGAGUAUGUAAGUGUAUUUGGGUAAGAAUACAGCUGAAGCCAUUGAAGAAGGUAAGGGUAGAAAUUGGUGCUAGUCACUGCCUGAGGCUGCUCAACUGGCUGUGUCCAUCCACAAGUUAAAGCUUAAGACUGUUUGACUACGGACGCAAUCAUAGUUUAUCUUCAACCUCAACCCUUCACACCAGACGAGCAGUCCUUCUAUUGCAAGUUGCAGACCUGCAGCUCUAUCUGAAGAAAGUGAAAUGUCAAUUUUAUAAGUAUCGAAUUUCCUUAUCUGCAUUUCAUCCUUCCAGCUAUUUUGUUAGUAGUGAGCAGUAUUUUGCAAUAAACUAACCUCAAUCAGUUUAGGAA